AUGAUGUUGGGCAACGUCCGUCGCUGUGCGGGCGCAGCUUGUCGCAAGGUGUUCGGGGCGGGUGCGGGCACCGAAAGUGGUACACAUGUGCGCAGCUUCGGAAAGAAGGCGGAUCCUUGGGGCUGGGGCCUUCCAGAGGGUUUCUUCGCGGAGGGAACGCAAUCUCGAGGAGCAGGAGGGUUCAAGUACGGAGAGACGCCGCCCGCGCCGGGAAUCCCGCGGAAGUGGGAGACUUGGGAGGCCCCGUACUACUUUGCUGUCUUUGGCAGCCUCUUCGCCGUUGCCUGGGUGCACUUCGUCGAGUACGACCCGGAAAACAACCCGAACCACACGACGAUGUCUAAGUACGCGGCGAAGGAGGCAAACAGGCGCAUCACGGAGCUGCGUGAGCAGGGUCUCACGCCCGAGGACACGGGCAUGUACCACCAGUUCCCGUUCGCGCGCCGCCGGAGAGAAAUCAUGGAGGCCAAGGCCGCUGCGGAGGCCGAGGACGAGUGA